UAACAUAUUUCUCCAUAUAGUAGUGUAACAGUCUAGACACUUCUCGUCUUUCAUUCGCAGUUUUGACUUUCACAGACAACCAAAACCCUAAAAUUCAGCAUCAACAAUGGCCAUGAGAUCACUCAUUGUCUCUCGAUCAGCUCUUUUACGUCUUUCCAUGGAUUCGUCAAGUUCUCGAUCAGCCUUCCGUUUUUUCAGCGACCAAGGUCGCGUCUUAAGCGAUGAAGAACGUGCCGCUGAGAAUGUCUACAUCAGGAAAAUGGAGAAAGAGAAGCUUGAGAAGCAAAAACGCAAGGAGGAAAAGGAGAAAGCCGAGAAAGAGAAGGCCGAGAAGAAACCUUAGGUACCAGGGAGAUGUUCAUCACACACUGCUGCUGAAGCUGUUGCAAGUAUUUCAGAGAAGAAUAAUGUAUGUGAUUUUAAACGCUUUUUGUGGGUCUCUGUAUAGAGUGUGCUGACACUUCUGGAUAUUUCCAUGAUCAUGUGUUCUUGUAGUCAUGGGGUCUCCACAAGUUUAGAUUGGAACUGUACUUUCAGUGACAUAACUUUAUAGUUCCAUUACUUAUGUUCUUGUUUCUGCCCCUUCUUCUCAAAUACCUGAAACAACCCAAUUCACUUGGAAUUGUUGUGAACAAAUAUGGUGACAAAAUCCUGUCUUGUUCGGGAAGGUUGCCAAUGGGGUGAAAAUGUGAAAGAGAGUUGAAUGGGUUGUUUGGAAUUGGGUUCAAAAGUAGGGAUGUGUUGAUGAUCAAAUUACUUGGAUAAC